ACACUGAAAGAAACGAAUCCUUGUUGCGUCCUCAGGGGCUCCCGAGUUCACUGCACAGAGCUGAUUAUUAUGUAAACAAACCUAUUAGUCCACGCAUGUGCUUUUAAUUGCAGGGUGCUUCUGAGGAGUCUGGGCUACCGUGGCUACACACAAAGAAUGGGCGUGAGUUGUCCCUCGAAAGGGAGCCCCGAGACUCGUGGAUCGUUUUUUUCUUUCUUUCUUGAAGCAACAAUCUGAGCGUUCAGUUGAGUCUGGGAGAGACAGCGAGCACACAGGCGGGAUGGAGAGCACAGGUAUUACUAAAGCAGCUGCUUGAAUACUUUCCCACAAUCAACUAAGACGCAGAGGAGGGAGGGGAGUUUCAGCCGGAGUGCGUCUGUGUCAGAGGGUGUUUGAGAGAGUGAGGGAGCAUCACAGACAGGAGGAAGAAAAAGAGGGGGGAAACGAAAGAGGGACCAAGUCUGGACCGGGUGAUCGACAAACCUCCAAGGGGCUGCCGGGUUGUAUCAUUGUGUUCAGGAUCAGUGAUCCAGCCAUGGUGCCAGCGCGCUGCCCGGGACCGUGUGCCAUCCUGGCACUGGCCACUCUCUUGGGAUGCGGCGUAGUUCUUUGCCUCGGUCAGAACGACACGGAACCCAUCGUGUUGGAAGGGAAGUGUCUGGUGGUGUGCGACUCGAACCCUUCGUCUGACGGAGCGGUAACCUCCUCACUUGGCAUAUCAGUCCGCUCCGCUGGGGCGAAAGUGGCUUUUUCCGCUGUGCGUGGGACCAAUCAUGAGCCGUCAGAGAUGAGCAACACGUCCAUGACCAUCUACUUUGACCAGGUUUUAGUGAAUAUUGGAAACCAUUUCGAUCUGAAAGCAAGUGUUUUUCAAGCUCCGAGGAGAGGGAUUUAUAGUUUCAGCUUUCACGUGGUGAAGGUCUACAACAGACAGACGAUACAGGUGAACCUGAUGCAGAACGAUUAUGCGGUCAUAUCAGCGUUCGCCGGUGACCAGGACGUUACAAGAGAGGCGGCCAGCAACGGAGUACUGCUGAUGAUCGAGCGGGAGGACCGGGUGUAUUUGAAGCUGGAGCGGGGCACCCUCAUGGGUGGAUGGAAAUUUUCCACCUUCUCGGGCUUCCUAGUCUUUCCUCUAUAAUCCAUUCUGCGAUGGUUGGCGUCGCACGGGACUCUGCUCAUUAUAGGUUCAGGAAGAUGAAGAUGGUGAAGAAGAAAACGAAAAGAAACAUGCCAUUUAUUUUUCAAUUUAAAUAACUGUCAGCCAAGGAAGCCGACGAAUAUCUGUACACUCCUCCACUAUAUAGUCAAAUAUCAACGUUUCUUUGGAGUUUCAUAUAUUCGAGCCCAUCAAUCAACUCUAAAGCAGUCUGGAUGAUUAAUCUAAUCCAUCGGCCAGUGAUUGGCAUGUGCUUGUCGAGUAUGUGGAUUUUUCUCCCACCCCCUUCCUUGCCUGGAAAAAAACGAACUUUUUGGUGCAACAAGGGGACAGGCCGAGUGUGUAAUGCUCUAUUUUGUGUUUGUAUAGCCUUAAAGAUGAUACCCCCCCCCCCCUUUUUUUGUCGGAAUUAUGGACAACCGAAAGAGAAGUGCUUUCACGCCCAUGGCAAAAUCUUUUUUUUUUUUUUUUUGCACGAAUGGAAGUUUUUUCUCCUCUUUUUUUGUGUGUGUGUGCUGUCAUUGGUGUUGCGUUUGGAUGCUCUUGAAAAUAAGCCAAAUGUAGGCCGCGGACCAGUUUUAUUAUGAGACUUUAAAAAGGCGACAUAUUUGAGCCACAGCAACAGACUUACAGCCCUUUUAUUUAAAGAGAGAUUAAAAGAAGAAGAUAUAUCUCAUUCCUGAAUAUUCACAUUACUGUGUGUUCUACAUUUGGGAAUUUGCGUAGCUUUGACUGAUUUCAUGUUCAGUGACUUUGCUCACUUAAUGUACAUUGUGGAAAAUAAUAGAAGAAUCCCUCAUAUGUCCCGCUAAAUAAACGAUAUUGUAUUGUAUAGGC